AUGCCAUGCUUCAAAGGGCUUGCUGUUAGUAUACACACCCCGGACGGACCGCUUCCCGAGCACUCGAUCCAGCGCCAGUCUCGGGCCUCGCGCAUCACCUCCUACAUCCCCGUUCCGCCUCCCAAGAUCCCAGAAACAGGUGAAGGAAAACCGGAACAGUCUACUUUUGCAAUAUCCAUUACAUUGUUGAAUCCCGGACAAGAUGUGCCAUACUCCUCCCCGAAACCCACGCCCGACGACCCCGCUCCCAAACCCAAGGUCGUCGGCGGUCUCCCAGGACACACGGAGCAACGUGGGCUAUACUCGAGCACGGUUUCGCCGUAUCAGGCGCUGACAAACUCUCCGAACGAGACCGUUGCUGCUUAUAUAUACUUUGAUGGCCGCCAGAAGGAGGAAGUCGCUACGCUGCUCCGUCGAGGGGAAGAGACCUGGGUGAACUCCCGAUGGGUCAGCAUUCCCGAUUCGGAGGGAGGUGGUCUAGCAGAACGAGAAUUCCUCUUCCGCGAGGUCGGACUAGAAAGGUGGCUUAAUGGUCUGGAUUUGGAAGGGAACAAGGACGCCGCAGCGAAAAUCGAGCGGCGACGGCAGAAGAUGGAGAAACGCCGACACAAGCGUGAGCUUGACGGUAAUAAUGACCUGGAUAUGGAUGGCAAGAACAAGCGAGAUAGGGGCGUCAUGCGUUAUGGCAACGAUACGAAGUCGCCCCUCGAGGACGUUUCCGACGAUGAUGUAUCGCUCCCUAGCUCCGAUGAUGACCCAGUUCCAGAGUCUACGGGUCAGAUCAAAGUCGCGCUGUUCCGCGUUCUCGCUUCGGGCGAAAUCAAACGCGGGGAAUAUUCCCCGCAAUUCGAUGCUCACGACGACGAUGAAGACGGCCAGGGAGGCCAAGGCGGCGGUGACGAAGAUAUCGACCAUACCACUAGUUUCGCGAAGCCGAAAUCACUUGAUCCGAAGUCAAUUAGCACGCAAACGGUCACCGGAAUCGAUCCGUCUGACAAGCCGUAUGCGAUUUUUACCUUCAUGUACCGGGGAGAACGACAACUGCAGAAGAUGGGAAUUUUAAAGGAUUCCAAACCGCAGGAAACCCCCGGUUCCGCCAAACGCCGAUCGCAGCAGCUCGACUUUGCGAAUCUCGGUCCAUUGAAGCCCGGAGGCACAGUAGGCUUUCUGAAUUUCCGUGAUAACACAGAAGGGCCGAAGAAGGACAAAAAGAAGAGCAAAGCGAUGGCGGACGACGAUGACAUGGACAGCGAUGACGACGAGGAUGACCAGAUACUCAAUCAGGCGGACGAGGAAGAGGACAAGGACAAAGACAAUCAGCACUUGUCCCCCGAUGAUAUCAAGCGACAGGGCGAAUUGGCAGAGGGUCUACGCCAGAUUAAGCUUAAACGUCAACACUCGGCCGCAUCGCUCGCUGGGAGCUCUCGACGGGAGAGUCCCAACACAACAGGGGCUACUCCAGCAUCGUCGACGUUUUCCACAACCCCUCCAACGGCAACAUCGGCACCUGCAGGGACUACCAGUGCAGCGCAAGAAACACAACAGCAACCGAACACAGUCAACGGAGAAUUCAUCGGCAGCCCACUUAAGAAGCAGCGCCCCAGCGUGUCGCAAGCAGAUGAGUCUUCCGUCAGAAGACGGAUGGAGUCAGGACUGUCAAAACAAAUAAGCGAAGUCCUAGGCAGCGGCGAUAACAGCGGAGGUGCCGCAAGCGACUCCAAGGGUGGUCCGCUCGGCCCUCCUCUGAACGAGGGCUUGCAGUCUCCGAAGACACUUGACCCUCCAACAAUUAACCCACCUGAGAAUGUGGACGAGGAGUUGUAA